AUGCUUAAAAUAUCCAAAUUAUUCAUUCUUUCGUUACUAAUUUCCGCUUUACAAUCACAUUUAGUUGGAGAUAAAAUGCAUUUGUCUGAACUAAAAAGCCUCUGUGAGCACGCUUAUAUUUGUUUUCAUGACCAGGUGAUUAUCUGUGGAAAAUCGGUCAAUCAAGCAAGAACAUUCCUAGAUCUUUGCGACAUGUACGAAUAUGCUUGUGAAUAUAAUAUGGUUUUCAGACACGUAAAAGAAGAUGAAGGUAUUUGUCCAAAUCCUAAGGAACUAGGUCAAAGGUUUGGAUAA